AUGGGGAAGGUGAACGUGGCCAAGCUACGCUACCUGACGCGGGACGACUUCAGAGUUCUGACCGCGGUUGAAAUGGGCAUGAAGAACCAUGAAAUAGUUCCUUGCAGUUUGAUCGCAUCUAUAGCCAGCCUUAAACAUGGUGGUUGUAAUAAGAUUUUAAGAGAACUAGCAAAACAUAAACUCUUAGCUUAUGAACGAACUAAAACUGUCCAGGGUUAUCGGUUGACAAAUGGGGGUUAUGAUUACCUCGCUUUGAAAGCACUUUCUUCAAGACAGGUGGUUGACUCUGUUGGAAACCAGAUGGGUGUUGGCAAAGAAUCAGAUAUUUAUAUUGUUGCAAAUGAAGAAGAGAAACAGUUUGCACUAAAGCUUCAUAGACUGGGAAGGACUUCAUUCCGUAAUUUGAAAAACAAAUGUGAUUACCACAAGCAUAGACAUAAUAUGUCAUGUCUUUAUUUAUCCUGUUUGUCUGCCAUGAAGGAAUUUGCCUAUAUGAAGGCUCUCUAUGAGAGGAAAUUUUCAGUCCCAAAACCAAUUGAUUAUAAUCGACAUGCAGUAGUCAUGGGACUCAUAAAUGGUUACCCUUUGUGCCAGGUACAUCACAUUGAAGAUCCUGCUGCAGUAUAUAAUGAAGCCAUGGAACUAAUUGUUAAACUUGCCAAUCAUGGACUAAUUCAUGGUGAUUUCAAUGAAUUCAAUCUAAUUUUGGAUAAAGAUGACCACAUAACCAUGACUGACUUCCCACAAAUGGUCUCAACAUCUCAUCCAAACACUGAAUAGUACUUUGACAGAGAUGUUAAGUGCUUUAGAGAUUUCUUUAUAAAACGUUUCAAUUAUGAAAGUGAACUUUAUCCAACCUUUGGAGAUAUCAGGAGGGAGGACUCUCUUGAUGUAGAAAUUUCUGCCAGUGGAUAUACAAAAGAAAUGCAGGAAGAUGAUGAACUACUUCAUCCACUGAGUCUUGAAACAGAUGGAGAAUCUGAAUGUCCUUCAUCACUUGAAGAACUGACAGAGGAGGUAAAGACUUCUAAGUUGGAAAAUGGGAGAAACUUCCCAGAUCAAUCAGAUGAUAAUUGUAACAAGAACUCUUCUGAAGACAUGGUAAAGAGGAAUACAAAUAUGUUAUAUGAUGGUAGUGAUAGUACACAGUGUUUUGAAAUGACUGAAUUCAGUCAUUCAUUGGGAGAAAUUCAAGGAGAGAUCGUUGAAGAAAAAAAGAGAAGUUGCUUAAAGCAUUCUGCAAUUGAUUUUCCUAAAGAGGAAGAAAAUACUGAAAAUAUCAAGGAAGAAGAUCAAAUGCAUCAAGGAGAAUUUCCUGCUGAUUCUCAGGAAUGUCAAGAUGAAUGCCCUGAUCUGAUUAACUUGUCAGCAUUAAAUAAAGAAUUUAGGCCUUUCAGGGAUGAAAACAUGGAACAAAUUAAUCAACAUAGAAGAAGAACUGAGAGUGUUACUUCUGUAAGCAGUAUUGUUAGCUGUUCCACAAUUCCUCCGGAACUGGUGAAACAGAAGGUGAAACGUCAGUUGACCAAACAACAAAAAGCUAUAGUUAAACAGCGGUUACAGAAAGGAGAAGCAAAUAUAUAUAUAAAGCAACAAAGAGAAAAUGCAUACAACAUCAAGUCAAGCUUAGAAGCAGCUAGUUUUUGGGGAUAA